AAAAGCCCCAAAACAGAGGAUGUCCUGUGUAUCGCCUGAAUAAAACCCGAGUUUGUGAAUCUUUUUUUUUUUGUGUGUGUGUUUGUUGUUACUUUUUUUUCAGGAUCUGAUUCAACGACGUUAGAAUCCGUCAGAAAAUAAUCAGGGAUGUCGUGUUUCAGUGGAGAUAUAAACUUCUGCCCAGAAUGCGGUAACAUCCUUCCUAUCCCUGGGCUUCGUGAUUUUAUUACUUGUCCUCGAUGCGCCUUCAACAUCCCUGUCCAAGAACUCUCAGGGCACGUGAUCAAGUCAUCAGUGGUGUUUAAUUCGCUGGAGAAGAGUUCGUCUGCUGUAGAGAGUGAGGAAGACUCCGAGCUAAAAGGCCCGGUGGUUGACAGGAGGUGUUCACGCUGCAAUAAAGAAGGAAUGGUUUACCACACGAGACAAAUGAGAUCUGCUGAUGAAGGCCAGACGGUGUUUUUCACAUGCAUACACUGCAGAUACCAGGAAAAGGAGGAUUCGUGAGAGGACAGGAGAGGAGGGGAGAGAAGACGAGAGGGGGGGGGAGGGGGAACAGGAGAGGGGAGAGGAGAAGAGAGGAGAGGGGAGAGGAGGGGUAGAACAAAAUUCAUUUGUUUGACAACAAAGUAUAAUAUAAUAUCUCUGUCUUUCGACUCGACUAGACUGUUUUUACAUCACGCUUACACUGUUUGCAUUUUUAUUUAAAUAAUAAACAGAUUUUAAGACAGAAAA